GGGAACAUAUAACGCACAGGCAUUGUACUCUCAUUGUUCAGUUCUUGUCGGAUGAAGCAACAAUCAAUCGAACAAGGGAGGGACCGAGAGACUGGGCACUGGGCAGACCUGCGUGAAGUGUUUUCACCAAGCUUUCGAAGAUGCGGGCGGCACCGGUGCGUGCCCGGAAAGCGAACCGCGCCACAGAGCUGCUCCACCUCGCCGCUAGAGCACGACUCACCGUGCUCCCGAGCAGCGUCGACACCAGCGGCAGCGAGCACGAGGCGGCCACACUCUCCAGCCUCGUCAACGAGUAUCUUCUGGAGACGGACGCCACUGUUCCGUCGUCGUCCCUGCUCACCGUUGAUCAGGACUCGGACGGCGAGGACGGACACGGCAGGAGCGGCUCUUCGGCGCCGCCGGCGGGGGUAGUGGACGAGAUCAGAGCCAUUCUUGACCCGUCUGGCCCACCUGACGAUCUCCGUCUCAGGCUCGUCGCUGUGGUUGGCAGCGUUGUGGAAGGGCUUGACGAAGUCCGGGAGAGCCGGUCGGCGUUCCGACGAGCGGUGAUGUCGCGCCUUCGGGAGCGCGGUCACGACGCGGGCCUCUGUAAAGCGCGAUGGGACAAGUCAAGCGGCAUGGUCGCCGGAAGCUACGAGUACAUAGACGUCAUCGUAUCCGAAGAGAAAGAGACGAGGUUCAUCGUGGACAUGGGCUUUGCAGCCGAGUUCGAGGUCGCGCGGCCGACGGCGGAGUUCGAGGCCGUGAGCGCGGUGCUACCAGAAUUCCUCGUGGCGCCGGCUGAGGAUGUGCGGCGAUUGAUCAAGGUCGCCGCCUCGGCGGCGAGGCGCUCGCUGAAAAGCCAGGGCCUCAGCGUACCACCGUGGAGGAAGCGGCGGUUCAUGGUGGCCAAAUGGUUUGGACCGUACAGGCGGACGGUGAACGUCGUGCCGGCGUCAGCAGGUGCAGCAAUUGCCGGCAGUACUGGGGCGGCCACGGUCUGCGCCACCAUUCUUGGGUUUGGACCGCUGCCAACGACGGGGACAUCGUCAGCGCUUUUAGGUUAAGGAGGGCGAUGGGAGAUGCAAGAAUAAUUAGCUCCAUUAGCUAUUGAAAUGCUAGUAAGAUUUGGUUAGUGCUUCGAUGGACGGGAGGCUAGGAGGGAUGUACAUACUCGAUCUGUAUGAUACAAUAUGAUUGCAUUUGUUAAUUGGUCCUUUAAGGUGUACUA